GGUCUGCUGGAGAGCAGCAUGCGCCUGAAGCCUCACGAAGCCCAGAACUACCGCAAGAAGGCCCUGUGGGUGUCCUGGGCGUCCAUCGUGGUCACCAUGGUCCUGGCCGUCGCUGCGUUCACUGUGUCCGUCAUGCGCCACAGCGCUUCAGCUUUCGGAUUUGCCUUUGACGCCACGCUGGACGUGUUGUCCUCUGUCAUCGUGUUGUGGCGCUACAGCAACGCCGCCGCCGUGCACUCGGCGCACAGAGAGUACAUAGCCUGCGUUACUCUGGGCGUCAUUUUCGUCCUGUCCUCCCUGUGCAUCAUGGGAAAGGCCGUCCAUGACCUGGCCACCGAGCUGCUGCCCCAAGUGGACGACUUCCUGUUCAGCGUGUCCAUCGUCAGCGGCUUAACGUGCCUCAUCUUGGCUGCAAUCAAGGUCGUGCUCGGCAGAGUGCUCACCAGCCGAGCUCUUUUCACCGACGGGUUCAACUCUCUGGUUGGGGGGGUCAUGGGGUUCUCCAUCCUCAUCAGUGCUGAAGUGUUCAAGCACGAGCCAAAAGUCUGGUACCUGGACGGGACAAUAGGGGUCCUCAUGGGACUCAUCAUCCUCGCCUACGGAGUCAAGCUGCUGCUGGACAUGGUCCCACGAGUCCGUCAGACCAGGAACUACGAACGCUUUGAGUGACGGAUCA